GAUGACGCGCGCGGUCGGUGCGGCGUUUCCCGGUGUCGCUGUUCCUGCUGCGGCGGGGUUGCGCGCCCCGCGCUGAUGGCGGCUCGCCGCACACCGCACGGCCCCGCGCCGGGGCCCGGGCUGGAUGAGUUCACCGUCCCCGCCGAGAAGAGCUGCCUGCUGGAGCGCAGCCGGGGCCGCAUCGAGGGCUUGUUCGAGGUGCGGCUGACCGUGCUGGGGGCGCAGGGGGACUGGCGGCCCGCGCUGCAGCCGCCCAACGCCAGUGCCAGGAUCUGGGUGCAGCUGGCGGGCCGCACGAAGGCCGUGAGCAGAGCCAAGGAGUACAUCAAGGGGCUAUGUGAACCUGAGCUAGAAGAAAAAGAAUACUACCCAAAGGACAUGCACUGUAUCUUCGUUGGUGCACAGAGCCUGUUUCUCAACAGUCUUAUUCAGGAUACUUGUGCUGAUGUAACUGUGCUGGAAAUGGGAUUUCUCAAUAUUAAGGGGGGUGCAGAAGCUGUUGUUAUGGCUCAAAGUCAUGUGCAGCAGUUUGUGAAGCUUUUUGAGAAUAAUGAAAGUUUAUUAAAUGACAAUGAAUCGGAGAUUAAAAAGCAGUUCAGACAAUUUGUGGAAGCACAUGCAGAUAAGUAUACAAUGGAUUUACUGAUUUUGCCUAGUGCACUAAAAAGGGAACUCCUGGCUCUCACCCAAACUGCUGUUUCUGAAGGGGUGACUGGUAUCAUAGAUCUCACAGGUUCUGAAAGCCCACAGCAGCUUGGACAGAACAGCACCUCCGAAGUCAUUGCUGCAAACAGAGAUGGAAGUGCAGGUGGGGAGGAAGCAAGAAGCAAUGCUGGCACACCUGUAACCGAGCUUACAAAGCAAAUGGACACUGUGUUUUCUGAUGAUUCUGAAACAAGAUUUCUUCCCAUAAAGGACCCUCUGUUAGAGGCAGUGGCCUUUAAAGAGAGGCAGUCAUGUAAAAGAAGGUCCUCUGAUGAGGAGGAAAGGCUUCCUAAAAAGCAUUUCUCUUUGGAAGAUGAUCCACAAGUGAAAUCUGCUUUACACAAGAAUCCUUCGGACCCUGAUGCAGUUAUUGAUCUGGUUUUGGAUAGCUGCACAGAAUCAGAUGGUCCUACUUACUGCCUUAAAGAAGGUGAUGCUCUCACUGAGGAAGUAGAAUACAAGAUUCUUGUGAACUUUUUCAGAACAAUGGGAUAUUCCCAAAAUAUUGUUGAAAAAGUUAUUGGUAUCCUAGGACAAUCUGUGGAACCAUUAAUAUUGCUAGAAGAAAUUGAAAAGGAAAGUUUGAAAUUUAAAAAAGAACAUGAGCAGUCAUCUCAAAAGCCUAGAACUGUCAAUCUUCCUUUAGAAAAUAAUGUAAAUAAUUCACAAAAGCUAGAAGACAAAGGCAUUUCUAGGAAUAAAAGUCCACUUAAAUCCAGUCAUACUUCAAAGGAGACAAAAAAUGAAUGUCACCACAUAAGUGGUGCUCCAGACACACAAGUUGGUGCAGAAGAUAAAAUGCAUAGAUUGGUAUGUGAAUCUUCUUCCCCUCCCAGCAAAAAUUCAGUUCUCUGCCAUAAACAGAGAGAUGUUUAUGGCCCUGGUAAGAAUCAUAACUCAAAGUCAAGCAAUAUAGAAACUGAUGGUGGGGUAACUUCCAGGACUGUGCAUGCUGGAGCUCUAAAAGAUGUUGGCUUUGUAGCCAGAGGGAGCUCAGAUGUGCAGCAUAUCUCAAGUAAGAGUAAAACUACAUUUCAGCAAAAAUCUUCAGGGCCCUCAACUGUACAGAACAGCCACCCUGGUUCUGAGGAGCAGCUGGGACACUACAGCUCUUCUCAAGCAAGGCCUCUCCACCAGCGCCUUUCCCAAUCAUCACAUUGUGACAAUCCUGUCCCAGACCAGUUACUGUCUUCACAAAAACACACUUCAAAGCCGGACAGAGACACACUGGGACCACAUCCAGAUAAUUCAGUUACUGGAGUUCAAAGAUUUUUGGACUCUCUGAAGGAGCCAUACAAAUUGGAGUUGAUAAAUGAACCUGGAAAACCAUAUUUAAAACAUAUAAUUAUUGAUGGGAGCAAUGUUGCAAUUUCUCAUGGUCUAAGGAAAUUCUUUUCCUGUCGAGGAAUUGCAAUAGCUGUUGACUACUUUUGGAAACGUGGCCACAGAAAUAUUACUGUGUUUGUUCCACAGUGGAGAACAAGACGUGACCCUUCCAUUACAGAGCAGAAUUUCUUAACGCAGCUGGAGGAUGUUGGAAUAUUGUCUUUAACCCCUGCAAGGAUGGUUUUAGGAGCAAGAAUUGCUGCUCAUGAUGACAGAUUUUUGUUACACCUUGCUGCUAGAACUGGAGGUGUUAUUGUGACUAAUGAUAACUUGAGAGAAUUUGUGACAGAAUCAUUUGCCUGGAGAGAAAUUAUUCAAAAAAGGUUGCUCCAGUACACUUUUGUUGGUGACAUAUUUAUGGUUCCUGAUGAUCCUCUGGGAAGAAAUGGACCCAGAUUAGAUGACUUCCUUCGAAGUGAAGGCUGUUCUAGAAAAUACAAAUGGCACCAGGAACAAGAUCAGAAACUGGCAGGACCUUCAGCAGUUAGAAAACCUUUCCACACUGAGUAACUCGAGGUAUCAUAACCCAAAUGCUUUUAAAAUAGAGCUCUGUAAUUUAGGUACUGUUUCCCUUGGUGGUAGGAAACUAGACUCUAACAUGAGUUCCAGUUCACAUUUCUCUGGUAUCUGCUGGCGUCUGAAGUAGGCUGACCUUUAUAUUUUGUAGUGCUUGCACUAGAGUAGCAAAACUUUAAAGUGUGAAAUGAAAUUGCAAUAAUUGAGAGUAUUCAAAUCCUGAGGUUGCUAAAACAACUUCAUUGGCCAGUUAAGGAUACCAUACAAAGGAAAAUGAUCUAAAAAUGAGCACAGCUCAGUCCAGAGUAAAAGUACAUGAGGAAUAGUCUGUUGUGAAGCAGUCUUGGAAGCCCCUUUGGUCUGUCAGGAUUUUCACAUGCCCCACAUCAGUAUACGUGUUCAAUGUAUCUAUACCUUCAUAAAAUUUGCUGUAAUCUGCCAAGUAAAGGACUCACAGCAUAUUGAGGCUAUUCCUGGGUGAUAUUAAUGUUAGUUAUGCCAAAUUCAUAUCAAGAGCUGUUACACCUCCUGUUUUGUUUCACUUUGAAAGAAUGCUUGUCAUUUGAUUCCAGUCAGUAACUGCAAUGAGCAGUAGGGAAGUUUUAGUUAUACACAUUUGUCUUUUCUUUCUCAUAUACAGAGAGGGCUACAGUUAGCAUGUCCUUUAGCUUAAUUAAUUUAAAAAAUUAUUUUGUUCCAUAGAGAUUCCUGGUCAACACACAAGGCUUUGCAGAGCAGUGGACAAUAUUCUUCUGAGACACCUUUUUUCCUCCCCGAAAUGAGCAGUGGCGGUCGACAGCCUGGAGGAAGAGUGCAG